AACAAUGUACAGACUAAGAUGUCAAAUCUUUGGACACUCUGAUGAUGUCCGAUCUGUCACAAGCGGACCGACAUUUAUUGCUACUGCAUCUCGAGACAAAACAGCAGUAGUUUGGAGGAGUUCGGACGAGGAGGCGACCCGUUUCGAGAUUGCUGUCACUUUCAGUGGACAUACGGGCUUUGUGUCAACCAUCUGCUUUAUACCAUCAUCCGAAGACCAUCCUAGAGGUCUACUUGCUACCGGAUGUAUGGACAAAUUGAUAAGAAUUUAUGAUCCCCAAAUGCAAGAGCCGAUCUGUGUGCUGUCUGGACAUAAUGGUAACGUCUGUGCACUUGCUGCUGGAAAGUUUGGUACAUUGUUGUCUGGAUCAUGGGAUUGUUCUGCUCGUGUGUGGCUGAAUGAAAAAACUGUAAUGACAUUAGAAGGACACACAGCAGCAGUGUGGGCUGUAGGGAUGAUAGCAGACCAUGGUCUAAUGCUCACAGGGUCAGCUGAUAAGACAAUUCGGCUGUGGCGUGCUGGAACUUGUGAGAGGACGUUUGUUGGUCAUGAUGAUUGUGUAAGAGGGUUAGCUGUUAUUUCUAAUUCUGAAUUUCUUUCAUGCAGCAAUGAUAGUUCUAUUCGUCGAUGGCAGCUGAGUGGGGAGUGUGUACAGAUAUACUACGGCCACACUGCAUAUGUUUAUAGUGUUGCACCUGUCAUUAAUGGGCCAGGAGAUUUUGUAUCUGUAGGAGAAGACAGAACAUUACGACUAUGGCAAGAUGGUGAGUGUGUACAGACUAUUACACACCCUACACAGACAGUAUGGUGUUGUACAUGUCUAGAAAAUGGAGAUAUUGUUACUGGAGCCAAUGAUGGUGGUAUUAGGAUAUUUACGCACAGUUAUUCACGUGUGGCAUCAGAGUCAGAAAUCCAGGCAUUUCAUCAACAGAUAGCAGCUCAACAAGUACCUAGUAACCAAGUAGGGGAUCUUAAACUAAGUGACUUGUCUGGACCUGAAGCACUCGACAGACCAGGUCUUAAAGAUGGACAGACCAAAGUAGUAAAGGUAGAUGGAAAACCAGAAGUAUAUCAGUGGGAGGCAGCUAGUCAGCAGUGGAAGAAAAUUGGUGAUGUUGUGGAUGCUGUGGGAUCUGGUCGAAGACAACUUCUACAUGGUAAAGAAUAUGAUUACGUAUUUGAUGUCCAACUGGACAUGGACACAAGUCCACAGUCUGGACCUCCACUAAAGCUUGGUUACAACACAUCAGAGGACCCAUGGUUUGCAGCUCAAAGAUUUCUUCAAGACAAUGAGCUCAGUCUUUUAUAUCUUGACCAGGUAGCCAACUAUAUAAUUGAGAUGACAAAAGGAAUGUCUAUUGGCUCUGCACAACCCACUAUAUCUGAUCCCUUUACAGGUAGUACUAAAACAUUUAUUGUACCUUCUAAUUAUGUGAAAUUAACUGUAUACAAUGAGAUGUCAUUGAUGGUAGGGGGUUCUCGUUAUAUUCCACCAGGCGUUGCUGAAGUAGCUUCACAACCUUUUCCUGCACAAUCAAGUGGACAGCCAGUGUCUGAUCCUUUAACUGGUGGAUCAAGAUAUGUUCCUUCAUAUUCUCAACCUGCUCCUGUUGAGGCUCCCUUUCAAUCAUCUUUCACUUCACAGACUGCUUCAUCAUCUACCAAUAAUUAUUUUCCUAAGACUGAUCCAUUGACAUUUGAUGCCAUAAGUAAUGUUGAUGCUGUUUUCCAGAAGCUUUCUGAGUUCAAUAGCAAGGCUGAUCCUUUACUGAGAUUGUCAGGUGCUGCUGUACAGGGGCUAAGAGAAGUUGUAUCUCUUCAUACUAAUCCAUCACAGAUGUCUAGUAAGAUAGACGAUGUGGUAUGUGUUGCCAUUGACCAGCUCUUUAAAUGGCCAGAUGACCUAGUGUUUCCAGCCCUUGAUAUAAUGCGAGUUAUUGUUCGUGGAGUGAGAGGUAAUGAGUAUUUAUGUCAGAAGGAAGAAGUGCUAGUAGAGCGUCUUAAGCAUCUGGCAAGCACUACUAGUGGCUCUGCCAACUGUAUGCUAUCAUUACGUCUUCUAUGUAAUUUAUUUGCACAUGCCAGUGGAUGUCAACUCUUGAUGUCAAAUACACACGAGGUCACUAUACAUGUCAGCAUGCUAGUGGAGUGCAAUAAAGGUGUCCAGAUUGCACUUUGUUCUCUAUUACUGAACUAUGCUGUUGAACUUUCUAAGACUGGCGGUUCAUCAGGUGUCACUGAUGUUCUCACUGCACUUAAAGUUGUUUUGUGCCAUAAGAUCGAUAAUGAGGCUGCAUUUAGAGCUUUAGUAGCUGUGGGAACACUGGUUUGCAUUGGCGAAGAAGCAAGAGUUCAGGCAAUUUCUCUUGAUUUUCAACAAACUGCAUCAAAUUAUCUCAGUGUAACUGAGCCAAAGAAAGUAGCUGAAUGUGCAAGACUUCUAAUUGCCAAGCUUGGAAGUUAACAGCAUAUGUAGCUCAACAAUGAACUUAAUAGCAUUUGUAUGUACGUGCAGUACUUACUGUUGCAGAUUAUAAGCUUAGAUGGUUCUGUCUUGUAUUUGUAUAUCAAUACAUUUGUUGUGGAUGUACUGAACACCAGAUGAGAUUA